GUCGUGUAUUCCUCGAGCUCAAUCCCAGCCUCGCCUAUGGCGGGACUCCUCUCCCCCAAGCCGGUAUCCUACUAUCAGCAACAGCACUCGCCUUCGUACAAUCCGUACAUCAAUCGGGGCCUGUCCGCGUACUCUGAGACGCCCCCGCUCGCCGGCGGCACGAACCUCCUGCCGCACCAGCAGAUCGGGCAGUACGGCGGCACGACGACGCCCGGGCUGAGUCUGCAGGAUGAUGGGAAGAUUGCGGCGCUUGUGGUGCAGCUGUUGGACCAUAACACGCGCGAGGGUGCGCUGCUGGAGCUGAGCAAGAAACGGGAGCAGUACGAUGAUCUAGCCCUCAUCCUGUGGCACUCGUUUGGUAUAAUGCCGGCACUGCUGCAGGAGAUCAUCGCGGUGUAUCCGCUGCUGACACCCCCGAAUCUGACCGCGCAUGCGUCGAACCGCGUCUGCAACGCUCUCGCUCUCCUCCAAUGCGUGGCUUCACACUCGGAGACGCGUCAGCUGUUCUUGAGCGCCCACAUACCCUUGUUUUUAUACCCUUUCCUGAACACCACCUCCAAAACGCGUCCUUUUGAAUACCUUCGCUUGACCUCUCUGGGCGUUAUCGGCGCUUUGGUAAAACAAAAUGACAAUAACACGGUCAUUCAUUUUCUGCUCUCGACGGAGAUCAUCCCCCUUUGUCUGCGUAUCAUGGAGACCGGAUCCGAACUCUCCAAGACAGUCGCGAUCUUCAUUGUCCAGAAGAUCCUACUCGACGAGACGGGUCUCACGUACAUAUGCCACACAUACGAACGCUUCUACGCCGUCGGCACCGUGCUCAGCAACAUGGUGAACCAGCUUGUCGAGACACAAGCCGUGCGUCUUCUCAAGCACGUCGUGCGGUGCUACCUCCGCCUAUCCGACAACAUUCGUGCGCGCGAGGCGCUUCGGGCCUGCCUUCCAGAGCCGCUGCGCGACAACACGUUCGCGGCGCUGCUGAAGGGCGACAUGGUUACCAAAAGAUGCCUUACGACGCUACUCAACAACUUGAACGAGCCUUAGACGCACAAAAUGGAUUUCAUGGGUUUAUAUCUAUCUCAACAUCGUCGCAAUCGCUGCCUGCUCCUUCUGGACACUGCACUAAAAUGUAUCUCCAGCCCUUGUACUUCUGUACCGUACAUAUCGUCUCCUGUAACUCACUCAACCUUCGGCAUCUAAUAGUACCUAAUGGCGUAUCUAUGUGGACUUUCGGACUGCGUUUCCC